AGCUCAUUUCAUUUGCUCAGCACAAACAUAUUACUUUACAAUUAAAUGAGCAAAAUAGUUCAGACAAGGUGAGUGAAUGUCAAGGCUGAAGUAUAGGGGUGGUUUGUAAUUGUAUUAGAAGAGAUAACUGUGCACAGUAACAUUUCCUUUUUGUUAGAUCUGGUGUUAGCAACAAAAGAAUGGACACUUUAAGGUGAGCAGGGCUGAGGAAAAGGAAACAGGAUGAGGACUGAGGAAGGGCUGUGACACCGGGGGCAGAAGAGAGCAAAAGGGAAAAGUACGAUUGGUUGCAGAAAAUUUAAAGAAUGCUUGGGGAAAGAUCAAUGGUGAAUGGGGAAAAGAAAACAGGAGGCAGUGGAAGUAAUAAGGGCAAUGCAGAUGUGGGGGGUGAAAGUAAGAUGGCUGAAAAAUAGAGAAAGUAUUGAGGAAACGAAAUGGUGGAAAGAAGUAAGAAAGGAAGGAAGGAAGGGGAAGACUGAGGGUGAAAAUAGUUAAUAUAUUAAACAGAGAAUGAUAAAAAAUACCAGACAUUAACUCAGAAAUAAAAGUUAGCCCCCCAAAAAGAACAGGCACUCAUGUAAAAGAAGUCUUUUUUCCAGGAUGAGAACUAAAGAAAUUCAGCUCCCUCAUCAGGCUUUAGCACAAUUUAAAUUACAUAAAAGGGGGAGCUAAAACUCCACUUCAUUGAAUGUAAAAGUAGUGUCAAAACAUCGAAAAUGAAUAUUUCUUUUCUCUGUUUGAUGAUACAUUUUCUGUAAAGAGUAGUCACUCUCAUGGAUCUAGGGUCAUAAAGAACACUGUAAAGACCAACUGCUAGUCCCAUGAUCAUUCCUUGUACUGUUUCAAAUAAAGUUUUAGAAAUAAGAAGCUAAAAAGCAGAAGAGAUUUAAGGCCCCUUGAACUUGCUCUACCAUUCACUACCUUGCACAUAAGCACCAUUCACAUUAACUUAGAAUGAUAUAAAAAGAAAGAUAACUUAAAGAAAGUCCAACUUUGCUUUUUUGCUGCUCCAGCACACCACUGCCAGAUUCCUACUCUAGGCUUCCCAGCUCAAGCUAUGCUGCUGAGAGUGUCCAGUUCCCAGACCACACCAUGGGGCCUACUCCAUUCCGAAGGGAGAAACCCACUCCAGGCUUCACAGGUCAACCAACCGUCUCUGCAGCUAUGCUGCUUCUGAAAACACAACUGCCGCUCGAGCCCAUUGAAGCCACCUCCUGCUGAAGAGCUCUCUUUAUCAAAAGCACGUCCCCUUACUGGAUUUGAGGGGGGAGGUCGCAGAAUGAAACUGUACAUCUGCCUCCUAUCGUACGAACUGAUGCUCCUCUGGACUGCACUUUUCAUUCUGGGCUCUGAGUCAGCAGAUGGAAGAUAUGCUCAAAUGCUGUUUAAGAGUUUAUUUGAAGAUUAUACUGAUGCUCUCAGGCCUGUGGAAGAUACAGAUCUAGCCCUGAACGUCACUCUGAAAAUCACCCUUUCUCAAAUUAAAGAUAUGGAUGAAAGGAACCAAAUCUUGACAGCUUACCUUUGGAUCCGACAAAUCUGGUUUGAUGCUUUCCUCAAGUGGGACCGCGACAAAUAUGAUGGGCUUGAUGCUAUCCGAAUACCCAGUAGCUUUGUGUGGAGACCUGAUAUUGUUCUAUAUAACAAAGCUGAUGAUGAGUCUACAGGAUCCAUGGAGACUAACGUGGUGUUAAGAUAUGAUGGGCAGAUUACGUGGGAUUCUCCAGCGAUUACAAAGAGUUCCUGUGUAGUGGACGUGGCCUACUUUCCAUUCGAUGAUCAAAGGUGCAACCUUACAUUUGGCUCUUGGACCUACAAUGGAAAUCAGGUUGACAUCAUUAAUGGACUUGACAGUGGAGAUCUAACUGAUUUUGUGGAGAAUGUGGAAUGGGAAGUCCAUGGAAUGCCAGCAACAAAAAAUAUAAUAACAUAUGGGUGUUGUUCAGAUCCUUACCCAGAUAUCACCUACACAGUAAUCCUCAAAAGAAGGUCUUCAUUUUACAUUUUUAACUUAUUGAUCCCAUGUGUAAUGAUCUCAUUCCUGGCACCAUUAGGAUUUUAUCUACCAGCUGAUUCUGGAGAGAAGGUGUCUCUUGGUGUGACUGUGCUCCUGGCACUGACUGUGUUUCAGCUGAUGGUUGCAGAAAGCAUGCCUCCAUCUGAAAGUGUUCCACUGAUUGGUAAAUACUACAUAGCAACAAUGACAAUGAUCACUGCCUCCACUGCACUAACGAUUUUCAUCAUGAAUAUUCAUCACUGUGGGCCAGAAGCCAAACCUGUUCCAAAAUGGGCAAAAGUGAUUAUAUUACAGUACAUGUCAAAGAUCUUUUUUGUGUAUGACAUUGGUGAAACCUGCACAAUGGUGCAAAAGAGAAAUGGAAAGAAUCACUAUCCACGACAGAUGGAUCAUUCCAAAACAAACGGAGAAUUUGGAAACGAUGAUGAUUUAACACUAAGUGCACACCUUUCUAAAAUAUGCCCCAACACCAUGCUGAAGGAUGAAGCUACUCUGUCUGCGAUACCAAUGCAUCGGUGCCCUGUAUGCAACCAGAAAGUACCGAAUGGACAUUUUGAUAAAAGUAUACGUGAUGGUUGUGAGAGUGAAGAAGGUCUAAACAUGCCCUCUUGUUUCCGUCAUUUACAUUGUGGUAGGGUGGCAAAAAAUAUUGAAUUUAUAGCCAAUUGUUUUAGAGAGCAAAAAGCAACCAAUGCUAAAUCUGCUGAGUGGAAGAAAGUGGCAAAAGUAAUGGAUCGCUUUUUUAUGUGGAUUUUCUUUGUCAUGGUGUUUUUUAUGAGCAUUUUAAUUGUAGGAAAGGCAACGUAACUUUAUUUUCACAUCUUGUAUAAUUUUAAUUGUUUAAUCAUAAUUACUAGUCUGGCAUCUUUUAUACCUUGGUAGUAGCAAAGUUUAGUAGUGGAUACCAUUUUAAUUCUCAACUUGUUUAGUCAAGUUUUACUUUAGUUUUGUGAACCUGAAUGUAGAAUCCAUCUGCUCUCUACAAACAAUUUAAUUCAAUAGGUCUUUUGGUCCUUUAGAUGUUAAAUCUUGUUUUCAUAAUGCAGGACUAAAUUAUUUAGUUAGUUGAAACUUUGUAGGAGGUGUAGAAAAUAGCAGUUUUCUUUGUGAAUUCUCAAACCUGCGAUUCCAGGAAACAUCUGCUGAAGCCGUUACAUUUGCUAAACUAACGUUUUUUUUGCAGGUCUGUUCACUACUGUGUAUCUUAUGCAGGUAUUGCUGCAUAACUACUUCUAUAAAUGCAUUUGGAUUUGUCAUUUGGGUCUAUUAAGUGAAGUAAUGGUUGACCGGCCCAAGUAACAAUGAUCUUCUUUCCUUUGAUCAGACCUUCUUAUUCCAAAAUCAACCUUGAAGACAAGUACAACCAAAGUUCUCUUCUUCACCAUUCAUCAUUUCCUUCACUACUUCACAUUCACCCUAUCUCAAAGAUAAACUCCUUGGUCUUUAUCCAAAUUGAGCCCAUUGUUUAGUUGCCUCUACAUUGUUUUCUGCUGCCCCUUGAUAUCUAGCCUUCUAAUCCCUCCGCUUCCAUCCUACACUCAUCAACCAUAAAAAUUCUCAUCUUCUUCAAGAGAUCCAUCAUUUGUUACUUUUGACUUUCUUACUAACAUUGUGACCCUUUUGGAUUUUGAGAACAAAUGUACUUGCCAGCCUCUCUUUAAAAGUGUCAACCAUCUUCUGUGGCCACCCACCCCUAACACACUUCCUCCACCUCAACCCCUCCAUCUGGCCUUUAAACUGCACCCAACUUGUUCAUUGAGAACUGUUGAUGUGACAUCAAUCACCUUAAUUUCUCUGCACUUCUCAUCAUUUGGAAUCUGUCUCCAGCUGAACUGACUGCACUCCGUGCUGUCAUGUCCAAUCCUGACUUAUCAUCAAGCCUGUUGACAAGGGCAGUGCUGUUGUUGUCUGGCAUGUUGAACUCUACAUUGCUCUUUUUUGGUACAAUGUUAGUGUCCCAAACUUUGAGGCAAGAAAUCUGGAUUCAAGUUUCACGUGCUGCAGAGGUGUGCAAUAACAUCUCUGAACAGGUUGAUAACAAACUUUAAAAAAUGAUCUGAACUCCCAGACAAUCUGUUUACCCUGUUCUUAUUCAUUGCAUGUCUUCCUUUUAUUUUUAUCUUUUCACUUGCCCACUCAGUUCUCUAUGUUCAGUCUAGUUUGUAUUAGGAGCUUAACAUUUUCCAUGUGCACCUUUUUAGAGAUACAUACCUUAUGGAGACUGAGCACCAGCUCUCAGAUAUUUCUUCAUUUCUCUCUCUGGGCCAUUGUGUCCAUGACUGUCAGCAACUUUAUCUCAUCUGGGGAUCUCCCCAUGACAGCCUCCUAGUUCAGAGUUUCCCAACCCCAGACAGUCUACUUCUACCUUCUUCCCAAAAUCU